CUGAGUUUUAAUGACAUCAAAGAUCAAAUUAAAGAGGCAAUUCAAAUUCUAUCAGAAAUUUCAUUUGACCAACUACAAUUUUAUUUACUUCAAAAGUGUAUUAACUUGACAGUAAAAAAACGAUACACUAAGAAUCAAGAGACGGGUAAUUUUCUUGCCAAACACGGAUACAUAGAUUCAACUAUAAAGGUUCUGAAAGAACAAGGUUUUCUAUCGACUGAAGUGCAGACCUCUAGUUUACCUGUUUUAACGAAUAGUUUGGAAGUCAUUGUCACAUUAAGUGAUCAUAGUAACAUUUUCACACAGUGUCUUGCAGAUAAAGGAUUUAUAAUACUCGCAACUGAACUUCUAACAGAAAAUAUUGGUAAAAUGAAGCCAUUGAAGAUAGUGUUCAUGUUAUUCACAGUUUUACUGAACAUAUCGCAGCUGUCGGGAAAGGAAAAUUACUGUAAACAAUUUCCAAAACUUGAGAUUUUAAAAUACUAUAUGCAAUUUAACAGCAUUGAUUUAGUAUUGACUAUAAAAAUACUGUUUUCCAUGGUAUCUGACAACGUUUCUGAAGAAAUGCAUUUGGAUGAAGUUGAAACAGAGAAACUCAUCUUCUACAUUAAAUAUGCAAGUGCAAAAGAUAAAAGAAAACACAAAGGAUUCCGCUUGAUAAAGCUGAUUAAAGGCUUAGCGAAACUUGCCAUAUCUGAGAAAACUAAACUUAAGAUAAAAACUUGUUUUGAAACUUUUAUCACAAUAUUACAAAAAAGUGAGCCAGAAGAACUGGAAUCUACAAUAGAAUGCUUACAAGCUAUUUCUACUCAUAAUACAGAAAGUUAUAAAAUAGUUGAAGAUAAAAUGCUUGUUAAAACAUUAUCAAGUUUGCAAGAUAAAGCCACCGACUCUAUUAAGAGUAAAGUGAAUUCUGUAUUGUGGGAAUCUGGCAAUACGUCUGGUAUUUUUCCUGAGUUUGCUGAUAAUUUGUCACCAGGAAGCCAGCAUUUUAUUAAAAGUGCAUCAUGA